UUUGUAAGAACUUUUAAAGUCAGCUUUCAGGUCAAUUAUUUAAGAAGAAGAAGGAGAAGGAGGAGGAAGAGGUCAAAUCAAAAGCAAUCAGACUUUUCAUGUGUUCACUGGAUGAGGAGCUGCAGUUCCAGUCAGCGACCACAGGAGGGCAGCAAACAUUCAUCAAUGGAGAACAGCGAUGUUCUGUCUGAGGAGGAGGAGGAGGAGGAGGAGGAGGAGGAGGAAGAGGAGGUCAUGGGACUCUGUUUGCUCGUCCUGAACCAUGUGAGUCACAUGAGACUGGAGGAAGAACCCAGAAUGAGCAGAGAAGAAGAAGAAGAAGAAGAAGAAGAGGAGAUGGAGGGCGUGUGUCGGUGGCUGAGCUGCUGCCGUGGCAAUGAGGAGGAAGAGGAGGAGGAGGUGAAGGUGGAGGAGGUGUUGUUCAGGAAGAGCUGCAGCUCCUCGUCCCUCCCACCUGCUCAGCUGGACCAGUCCCCAUCGUCCCCGUCUGGGUCCAGGUCUCACUGGUUCCACACCCUGCAGGUCCGGCGGCUCCGAGUCCAGCGAGGACGCAGCAACAGCGACCCUCUGAGGGCGGCCAGCUGCCAGGACGUCUUCACCUGGAAACCGGGUCUGCAGUUCGGCGCUGCUCAGUCCUACCUGAGUCUGGAGAAGCUGGGAGAAGGAGCGUUCGCUUCCGUCUACAAAGGAAUCAGCAGGAUCAACGGUCAGCUGGUGGCUCUGAAAGUGAUCCGGAUGAAGACGGAGGAGGGAGUUCCUUUUACUGCCAUCAGAGAAGCGUCUCUCCUCAAACGUCUGAAACACGCCAACAUCGUCCUGCUCCAUGACAUCGUUCACACCAGAGAGACGCUGACCUUCGUCUUCGAAUUCGUGCAAACUGACCUGUCCCAGUACCUGCAGCAGCAUCCUGGAGGUCUACACUCCCACAACGUGCGGAUCUUCAUGUUCCAGCUGCUCCGGGGUCUCUGCUACAUCCACAGCCGGAGAAUCCUCCACCGAGACCUGAAGCCCCACAACCUGCUGAUCAACCACCUGGGAGAACUCAAGCUGGCCGACUUCGGUCUGGCCCGGUCCAAGUCCAUCCCCAGCCAGACGUUCUCUUCAGAGGUGGUGACUCUGUGGUACCGACCCCCCGACGUCCUGCUGGGCUCCACCGACUACUCCACGGCUCUGGACAUGUGGGGCGCCGGCUGCAUCUUCAUAGAGAUGCUACAGGGGGCGCCGGCGUUCCCGGGGACGUCGGACGAGUUGGAGCAGCUGCAGAAGAUCUGGAUGGUUCUGGGCGUUCCCUCUGAGGACAGCUGGCCUGGAGUCAGCCAGCUGCCCAACUACAGACCAGAAUGGUUCCUGCCCUCCAAACCGAAACAGUUCAGGACCGUGUGGAAAAGGUUGAACCAGCUGCCCUACAAGACCGAGGAUCUGGUCCAGAACCUGCUGAAGGUCCUUCCUGCAGACCGGAUCUCGGCUCAGGACUCCCUGCAGCACUUGUACUUCAGCACCCUGCCUCCUCCCAUCAUGCACCUCAGAGACACGAUGUCCAUCUUCAAGGUUCCCGGCGUUCGUCUGGAGACGGAGGUCAGAGACGUCUUCAACCCCGGACGGCGGAUCAAACCGUCGCUGCUUCCUGCCGCCAAAUGUUGGUGAGAAAACGGACCAAUCAGAGGGCAGAGAACAAACUGUCGUACAUUACUCAUCGAAAGGUUUUCAAAGAGACUGGAGGAAGAAGAUUUCAUCAAACAGGAUCUGAAAUGUGUUUUAUUCUGGAAAUGUCGGAGAAAUGAAGUAUUAAACUCAAAUGUUUCUCUCUGUCGGCCAUUUUAUGAAACCUCAGAGACAAGACAGACUUGUUUAGCCUAGCUUAGCAUGAAUGCCAGAAGUUGAUUGAGAAGUGAGUUUAGCUCAAAUGUUAGCUUUUCUACAGCAGAUAAUAAGUAGCAUGAGCAAUAAUAGUAGCCUGCUAGCUGGUGAAUCUGCAGAAUGUAAGAUGGAUUGUGUUAGCAAGCAUAGCACAAUGCCGCUAAUACUAACUGUUAACCUGCUAAUGAAAGAUUACCAUGGUCCUACAAGGCGUUGGCUUAGUAGCACAGACAAAUGCUAAGAUAAUUCUACUACAAAGACAUCGAGACACAUUCUACUUGACAGAUAUGCUAACUUGCUAGCAUGACUGAUAUUUUUUUAACUGUAUUUUUCUUAUUGUAGCUUUUGGUUUGUAGCUUUGUGCACGCUAGCACUUAGCUUUAACUUAAGAAUAGUAUUGCCCCUUCAGCUUGUAGCUCCAACUGCCUCAGCAUACCCUAGCAUCAACUAGCUGGUGGAAUGCUAAUUUAAAUGUCUUAUGACUUAACAAUGUUAGGUUGUGAGGUCAGAAAAUGAUUGUGUUUAGCCUAGCUUAGCACAAAUGCCAGAAGUUGGGGGAACAGUAAUAGUAGCUCAAAUGCUAGCUUUUCUACAGCAGGUAAUAAGUAGCAUUAACAAUAACAGUAGCUUGCUAGCUGGUGAAGCAGCAAAAUGUAAGAUGGAUUGUGUUAGCAAGCAUAGCACAUUGCAGCUAACAGUUACUGUCAACCUGCUAAUGAAAGAUUACUGCUAUCCAAUAAAGUGUUAACUUAGUAGCACGGACAAAUGCUAAAAUGCUAGCAUGACUAACAUUUUUUUUAACUGCAAUUAGCUUCUAGCACCCCUGCCUCAGCAUACCUUAGUAUCAGCUAGCUAUUGAAAUGCUAAUUUAAACGUUUCAUGACUUCACAAUGUUAAGUCAUAAGGUCAGGCAAUGAUUGUGUUUAGCUUACCACAAAUGGAAGAAGCGCAUAAAAAUAAAAGUUUUCAUCGCAAAUUAAGUUUUUUAGCAACAAAACUGAGCAAGAUGCUAUUAUUAAUUAGCUCUCCUACUAUGGGGAAUAAGUAGCAUUAGCUAAGAAGCUAGCUCAAAAGCUAGUUAAUCAGUUAAAUGUGAGGUGGGAUUUCUUGGCAACCAUAGCAGCUAAUCCAGCUAACACUUAUGGUUAACCUGAUAGCUAAGAUUACUGUCAUCCCAUAAGUUGUUAGCUUAGCAGCACUGACAAAUGCUGACAUACUACUACCAAAAGACAUCCAGGUACAUGCUAACGCUAGAGAAAUGCUAAUGGAUCCUAUUUGGUAGCUCAGUGCAAGCUAACAGUUAGCAUUAACUAAAGAUUAGUGUUGCAUCGCUCCUACUACCUCUGCAUCAGCUAACUAGAUGAAUGCUAAGCUAAAUGUCUCAUUAAUUAUCAGUAUUAGCAUGUUGUGUAGCAUUAGCCGUACAGGAUAAAUGUUAGCAUUGCAGCAGAGUUUCUAUGUUUUGAAGAAGAUUUUCUGGUUCAAAUAAAGAUUUAUACAUCAGAUUAGCCUUUAGCGUGUUAGCAUGAUGUGUCAGAUUAAAGUCUUUAUGAAUCCUCUCGUGUAAAUGUGGUCUAAAGUGAUUUACGGCUCAUUUAAAUGUAAAACGUCCCAUCACUGUUCUGUGCUGCUGUUAGCAUUGGUUAGCAUUCGUUAGCAUGUGUUAGCAUGUGUUAGCAUGUGUUAGCAGCAGCUUAAUGAGGAUUCUCUCCGAGGACGUCCUGAAGCUCAGCAUGAAUAAUGGAUAAAGCUGAUUAAAGCUCCCACGGGACGCACCGAGGCUCCACACGGGAACUUUAUUAACACGCAAACAAACAAACGUCUCAAUAAACACAUCUGUCUGCUGUCAAAA